CGACAGCGAUACAGUAGAAGCGGUACUACAAUACCCGCAAACAAAAAAUAAGAGAAAAACAACAAUAUUUUCAUUCGGGAGAUCGAAUUCAGAUACCAUUGGAAGAAAAUUCAACCAUCUGCUCGAAAGUGCAAUGAAUCUUUGACGAAUAAACGAAGAACAGCAACAUCCACACCAGCAUAGAAACAGAAACUAAGUCACAGCACCGUCAACUUGCACUGCAAUUGUAUGUAUCCAAGUAAUAUAGUUGCAGUUGUGACCUUUUCCCCGAUUGGUAUCCGCAAGCUUAUGAUUGCGCUGCUUUUUUCAUUGUUUAUGUUGAUCUUGCUAGUUGAGUUGUGGGAUUGAUAGGUUUGGCCGGUGGAUCGACUGCAGCGAUUUUUAGGGAGUGAAAAAAGGGCACAGGAGUCGAUAGUGACUGAGUUGUAAUCCUUUUUCUUCAAUGAUCAUUGCUUCGUUUGCUUGCGAUCGAUCGACUUUCAAUUCAUUUAAUUUCUCCAUUGGUUCAUGCAUUUGUAUGCUGAGAAGAGAUUGAGGUGCUCCACCUCCUCGUUGUUAAACAACAAAUGAAACGCAAAAGACCAUGCCAGACGAUUCCUAUCGAUUCGUCAACAGGACUAACAUCGGUACGACAUCCUUUCGGAGCUUCUGCAGCAACAGAACAUGAUGCGGCACGUAGUUUUUCUUCCGCGAAAUUCGAGUUGGAUCCGUUGGAGUACCACCGUAGCUUAGUCUCAGAAAUACUGAAUAUUGGGACCGAAUAUGCCUCCCCGUCGCAGAUCUUUGAUCAGAUGACGCUGAUUCACGGCAAUUCAGAGUUCCAAAACCUCAAGCUGGAACAAAUCAAGAGCCACCUACAACGAUUUCGAAAAGUUUUCUUCAACUAUACGGGACAAAAGAAUAAGAGUAGCAUUAGCACGAACAAUAGAGGGGGGUAUGCUAGAGCAAAAAUGAAGAACUGCAACUUGAGAAGCAGAACUUCCAAAAGCGAUAGUAUUAAUAGUACUAAUGAAUUUGAUGACACCGCUUUGAACAAAAGCAAUACUAAACCAGAAAACAGUAAUCCAGAAAAGCAAUCUUUUUUGGACGAAUUUGACAACUUUGUCGACUUUGGUUUGGACGCAGCAGAAGCAAGCUUGGCUUCUGCUGAGGAUAAUUACCAAUGCAUAGUGGGUGGGAGAGCCAUUGGCUUGGUCAGUCGAAUGAUCAUGAUGGACGAAAACGUCUUCAUUGAAGGCCACCAACAACAUCAUAAGUCCUCGAGUGCAGGUGUCAAAAAUAAAAUCAAGAAUAGCCACGGGAUCAACAAUAAACUUCUAGGUGAAGCCAUUGUCAGAGACAUUGAUGAUUAUAAGCUACCUUUCGAUGCCUCAAUUCCGAGACUGACCUCAGUAGAAAAGGCUUCACACCUUGGGCAAUCCAUCGAGUUAAUUACGGGAUUGUUGGAACAUCUCAAUCAUUACAUACAUUCGGAACGACAAAAGCGUCAGCAGCGGGAUGGUCACCAUUGGCAACAGCACGAGCAACAACAACAUCAGGCACUUUUCAAAUCCUUUCCAUCCGAGGCGAUGGCGACCGCCAUGUCGCUUGCCGCUGCCGCUGCUACUGAAUCUCAGAUGUCUGUGGUACAGCAGAAACGAUUCGAAGGCAUUCCAUCACUGUCCAUCUCAUCGCCGACCAGAACGGAAAGAUUCGCGCGCACCGAUGUCUCCAUGGUGUCUACUGGACGACACCAAGGGACAACUUCGGUCGACACUAUGAUAACUUCGCAAAUGAAAAUUAAAAAGAGAAUCACGACCUCAGCAGUAUCGACUAUCGCGUCAAACACAAGGAGAUCAGAAAGAGCGUCGUCUCCAAAGCAACGCUCGCAACCCAUAUCACAUAGAUUCCGAAAGGAUUCAUCAGCUACGAGAACGAAAAAAAUAGCCUUCCACAAGUUGCAAAAAGCCAUAGAUGAUCUUACCCGAAACACUCGUUGUGACAAACGUAAAGACAAACAAUCCAGGGAACAACUCUAUAGAAAGUGUAAACGAGACAACGAAGACGCCAUCAGUUCCUCGGAUCUGAGCUCCCUUUCAACGUCAUCAGAAGACUGUGACGACAUCAACUCGACGAAUAAUUCGAAUUUCAGUAACGUCUAUGUGAGGAAUGGAAAUGGUCCACAAAGAUUGGUCGGUCGAGAAAAGAAGUUACAGUUCAUUGACAAAGGGAACGACUCGUGGAUAUUUGACAGGCUUACUCCCCCCUGCAAAAUUCUUUUAGUACGUCAGGCGAUCGACCCAUCCCACGAUUUUCAAGACAAUUGGCCCUGCGAAGCUUCGCCCUGCUCGUGCUGCUCGUCGAAUUCGUCCAGCCAAUUGUUCCUCGCUACUAAUGCCAACAAAGGUCACGAUAUUUUUGACUCGCGCAACCCAACGCUGCGAACAGACAAAAAAGAAGCACAUCGAAUACUGAAGUCUCAUGAAGCAUUUGUUCCAGGAAACCCGAAGUUGCCUGACAAAGAAACUAAUACGAUGGCAACUGGAAUAGGAACCUUUCGGAGGGAAGACAGUUGUGCAUCUGAUAUCUCAAGCAUCGGAACAGAGAUGGUAAACAAACUUCCUGCUGAACAACGCGGAGUAGAUGCGUCUGAACUUGUUACUAGAGGUAUCAACAAUGAUAAUCGUUACAGUCCGUCCAUGGGGUUCAUCUCUCUGCCAACUACAGGGGAUGCUUCUUUGCAGCAACUAAACGAAUUUUCUUUUUCACCACCAAAUCAGUCGCAAAGUUAUCUUGAUAUCGAGAAUCAGGUACAGAAUUUCAAUAGAGGAGGAGGAAGCCAUCUCGGCGAUCAUGCAGUUGUUGCGAGCGGGAGCCAUCAAAAUUGGUUGCAAACCGCAACAAGAGCUACGAAUGCUGCCACUAAUACUAACACAAGGAUGACGCACUCUUCGCAACAACAUCUAUCAAAUCACGAGCCUCAUCCAAGUCGACCACAGGAACCAGCAUUCACCCCUGCGGCCGACCGCCUCGGAAGAUUCUUUCCUGUGAAAGAAUCUGAGGGCAAUGACGAUGUUAGCAUUUGAAGAUAGCGUUGUCUGUCCGCUCCAUUUCCCAAACCGUUUGUUUCUUUGUUUCUUUUCGGCUAUCAAAUAUUAUAACAAUAUCUAAUGUGCAAAAAACUAGCUAGUAUAUUUUUUCUGUUUCUUUUCUGAUAGACAAGAGCUUGAAAAUUUCCAUUAGUGCUUUCUACCGUGAUAACCUCUAUUGCUGCUUGCAGCACCAACAGCACAGCCUUACCCAGCAGUUUGCAAUGUUCACUACUAGUAUAAUGACACCCCCACUAGUAAUAAGUAAUGGAGAUUAUC